AUGGAAUCCCAGCCCAUGAACAGUGUUGUUUCUGCAAUCAUGAUUUCUGCUGUUGUUGUCACAACCAGUUUGAUUGCACCACUUCCUAAUGCAGUCACAUCGCAUGCUAAGAAAACAGAGAAAUUCACCGGUGUGAAUUUCAAACAGUGGCAGCAAAAGAUAUUCUUUUAUCUGACCACAUUGAACCUAGCAAGGUUCUUGACUGAAACCAUUCCCCAUGUUGAUGAAGGGGAUAUGGAUGCUCAAUCAGUGAGCGUUGUUCAUGCUUGGAAUCAUUCGGAUUUCUGGUGCCGCAAUUAUAUUCUGAAUGGUAUGGUGGAUACACUAUACAAUGUGUAUUGCAAAGCCAAGACUGCCAAAGAAUUAUGGGAGUCUUUGGAUCGCAAAUACAAAACAGAAGAUGCGGGCACUAAGAAGUUCGUGGUGGCUAAGUUCUUGGACUUUAAAAUGAUAGACUCUAAAAUUUUCAUUAGCCAAGUCCAAGAAUUGCAAGUCAUUUUUUAUGAUAUUCAUGCGGAAGGAAUGGUGCUCAGCGGAACAUUCCAAGUUACUGCUAUGAUUGAAAAGCUACCACCAAGCUGGGUUGAUUUCAAGAAUUAUCUCAAGCAUAAGCGAAAGGAAAUAACCAUUGAAUUUCUUGUUGUUCGCCUUCGCAUUGAAGAAGAUAACAAAGUUGCUCUGAAAAGGAUUGAUAGUCCUGAAACAGCAAAGGCCAAUGUUGUUGAACAUGGACAAUCUUCGAAGGAAGCAAGAACAGUGGAAAGGGUGGAAAGAAGGUUCAUGGGAAACGCUCCAACCUUGGUCCUAAAGGGGGAGUUGGGAAGAAGAAGUUCUAAGGAACUUGCUACAAUUGUCAAAAAUAAGGCCAUAAAGACAACGAAUGCAAGCUUCCAAAGAAGGAAAAUGCUCGACAAAUGA